GGAGAAAGGAGAGUGGAGAGGACAGAGAAAACAGAAACGUAUAGAAACGGAGCGCUGAGAAAGCGAAGAAGAAACGGAAAAGAAACUAAGAAAGCCAUAGAAGCAGGCGACGGGGUGUAGCCACGUAGUCGCGUAGGGAUGAUGUUUGGUGGCGGAGGAGAUGGUGAAGUGUUGGGCGGAAUGGGCGUGAUGAGGGCAGCGGCGGUGCUGAGUCCCAAAGCACAGGCGGCGAUGCAGGCGCAAGCACAGUGGAGCGAGCAGGAGACGAGGGAUUUCAUCGCGAUCCGUGCGGAGGCGGAGAUGGAGAGGGAUAGGGGCACCACCGGGAACGCGUCCAAAAGCAGCAAGAGGAGCAAAACCACCAGUCUCUGGGAGGUGGUGAGUGCCAGGAUGGGGGAGAGAGGGUACAAGAGGACACCUGAGCAGUGCAAAUGCAAGUGGAAGAACCUCCUCAACCGCUACAAGGGGAAGGAAACUGCUGAUCCGGAGAUUGGGCGGCAAUGCCCAUUUUUUGAUGAGCUCCAUGCAGUAUUUACUGAAAGAGCAAAGAACAUGCAGCGAUUACUUAUUGUAUCUGAGGGAGGUUCUUCCCAGUCAAAGAAAAGGGUCAAGAGAUUGACUGGAGAUCGAUCAUCAGAUGAAUUCUCAGAUGAAGAAGAUGAGGAUGAAGAUGAUAGCGAGGGGGAGAAGCCUGCUAGAAGCAAUUUGCGAAAAAGGAAGGCUGAAGGACUCACAAUGGACAAGUCUGCAAAAGUAACCAACACUCGGGAAUUGCUGAAGGAUUUUUUCCAGCAGCAACAUAGGAUGGAGAUGCAGUGGAGGGAGAUAAUGGAGAGGCGCGCGCAAGAGCGGCAGUUAUUUGAGCAGGAAUGGCGACAGACAAUGGUGAAGCUUGAGAGAGAGAGGCUAACGACAGAGCAGAUUUGGAGGGAGAGGGAAGAACAGAGGAGAAUGAGAGAAGAGACCCGGGCAGAGAGGAGGGAUGCCCUGUUGACUACCCUCUUGAACAAACUUAUCCAUGAAAAUAACCUCUGAGGUGGAGCUUCUCUCUCUCAUUGAUCUCUUCAUUGCUUCCAAAUGUUAUGAUUUUACCUGUGAGGCAUGAACGGAGAAACCUGGUGGCUUCUGAAGAAAGACAUACUAAAAGAUAGAAAGAAGAAAAAGGGGGUAUAUAUUAACAGGAUAGACAUGGACAGUUGUGAUUAAUAUAGGUAUACAAAGGCCCUUUAUUUGCUAAUUUCACAUCCAUUCAGUUUUCGGAUAUUCUUUCAAAGACAAUUUUCGACUUCAAGGGAUUGCUUAAUCAGCGGGGCCGAUGCCUUGUGAAAUAGAGAACAUUAGUUAAAACCUCUCCUCCCCCUUCUUUCCUUUGGGGGGUUUCAUUUCUUUUCGCUGUGUGCGCUUAUUUCCUUCGGAGAAAACGAUAGAGUAUGAUAUGUUGGUUGUAUUUA